AUGGCAGAGGCCGAGGCUGAGCCCCCCGACCUCAAGGCCGAGCCGGAUGUCGUUGAGGUUUACAGCUUGAGUGGGCAAGUGCUGGCGCGGCUUCCGCGGGCGUCCGAGACUUCAUGGGAGAGUCUGGAGGAGGCGUUGAAUGGCCAGGCGGAGGACGAGGACCUGGCAACCGCCUGGCGCAUAGCGCAGACAGGGACUCUGGAGCAAGGACCGCUUUUCGCCACGCGAGAGCCGCUGCUCCCGCUGCAGGAGCAUGAGCUCGAUGGCGAAACCUACGCGCUUCCCCUCGUCUACUCUGAGGUGGGUAAGAUGUCCCAAUUCGCAAGCUGCUACAGCUGUGCAGCCGAGGAAGACGGCACAUCCUCGCGACGCGUGAUCUUCCGCCGCGUGACAGCGCCAGACCUUCGGGCUGCCGAGCGAUUGUACAACGAGUUCAUCUUCCUCUCGUCCUGGCGCAACGAGAACUUCGUCAGCGUUCAGGACCUCUUCGUGGCACGCGGCGGUGGCCAUGGCGACUGGUAUUGCAUCUUCGACUUCAUGCAGGCGUCCAUGGCCUCGGUUCUUCGUGCGCGGAUGCGCCUCACAGCGGAACACGUCGACUACUUCGCCUACAACGUCCUGCGAGGUCUGCAGUUCCUACACCGCCUCGGAUGCGCCCACGGCAACGUCUGCCCCAGCAACGUCUGGGUGAAUACCAACGACGAUGUUCAGCUCAGCCACCUGUGCUACAUGCACGCCGCCGACACUCCGGCUCUUGAGGAAGCCUCGGAAGAGGUGCGUGAGUUCUACAGCAGCGCAGACUCCGAGUGGCUGCAGCACAGCCCGCCUGAGGUGCUGGAAGCACGCUCUUUGGGCGGCGCGCCAGGCGACAUGUGGGCCAUGGGCUGUUUCAUUGCGGAGAUGUUGCACCGCAGGACACUCCUCCCAGGCACCAGCUUGGAAGACCAGCGACAUCGCAUCGGGCAGCUGGAGCAAGAACUGCUGACCCAGAGCCCUGCCGACGCCGUUCAGCACUUGUGCUCGGAGUUCGGCGGCCAGGAUCUUAGCCCCGCUGCUGCGGCGAAGCGCAUGGAGACCGUCCUCAGCUGCCUGGCGAUAUCACCUGACGUGCGCCUGACGGCCGAGGCCGCGUUCCAAGCCAGUUCGCCUCCACCUGAUUUGGUGGCUGUGAUGAUGAUGAAAGCUGGCUGGAGCCAUUGGACGUCCCAGAAGACCGUGCCCCGAAAGGUCCGAAGAAGUUUGCCUGGGCCACUUUCCAGAACUUCGCAGAGCUGCGCCUGGCGCUGCUUCGUCUCCGGCGCCCUCGCACUGCCGGAGGUGGGCGGAUGGCAAGCUGGUGAUCCCUGCAUGAGUUGGGUAGCUGGCGCAAGGUGCCCGGAGAGACACUCCGUGAGAACCCGCGCGCGCGCGCGCGCGGCUUCCACCUUGGACGAGCAGAAUGUAGGGGCUAGGGCGCAUUUAGGACCCUAA